AUGUGGGCCCCUGGAAACUCUAAAUUGAAGCUGGAAACAUCAUCACCCACUAUCAUCAUGGAAGCAGUGGACGGAGGUGGCUGUCACCACCGUUACAGAAGAAAUCAAAGGAAUAUCGAAAUUAAGGGUACACAAUACCAAGCUCGUGUCUUCAAUCGGAAUUUCUCCAGAUUUCGUCAUCUUUUAAAGAAAGAUGAAAGUUAUAUAGUUAUAAAACCCAAUAUGGCUGCUGUUACUAAUGGUUUUAGUUAUACAGAUGUUAUUGGACAUAUCGUGUCAUUUAGGCCUCUUGAAACUUCAAAUCCAGUACCAUCCAAGCAUUAUAUAAAAGUCACUCUUAGCAACCUAGAUUCUGUACAUCUGAAGGUUACUAUUUUUGGAAGUCAAGCAUAUCAAAUUUCAGAAUACCUAAAAAAUAACCCGAAGGUUAAUUUUGUUGUUAUCGUGAUGCAGUUUUUGAAGCUAAACAUUUGGAAUGGUCUUGGUGAGGCUAAAAGUCAUUUUGAAGUAACGAAAUUGUUCAUAAAUUCUGACAUUUAUGAAAUAAAUGAGUUUAAAAAUAAGUUGAAAUGUCAUGACAAUUUCGGUAUAACUGAAAAAAGCAUAACUACACUUCAAAGCUACUCUUCUUCAUAUACAGAUGACUUUAAGGGCAAUUUUCCAUUAAAAGCAGUCUGUGAGAUCACCGAACCAAUUAAGGAAAUGAAGUUUUUAUUAGUUGCUUCCAUUGUUAAUAUAAGGCAGAAUCUACCAUGGUAUUAUGAAGCAUGCAAAAAAUGUGGAAAAAAAAUUAUCCCUGUUCCCAAAACCAAUCAUUCGUAUACCAACCCUGAGGGAAUUUCAGAAACUAUGGUUGUCGAGUGUACAAAUGCACAAUGCAAAAAAUCUGAAUUUCAGUAUAUAAUUCCAAUUAACGUACAAGAUUGUACUGGAACCAUUGGAUUGACUCUUUUUGAUAGGGAAGCAAGGAGGUUGUUAAAUAUAAGUGCCUACGAGUUGAAAAAGAUACAUGAUGCGGCCGGAGACAGUGAUGCCCUAUUUCCAAUGCAACUUAACGUGUUGAAAAACCGCAAGUUUGGUUUUGUUGUAGAUAUUACAGAAUACAAUGUCAACAACUAUAAUAACAUCUACACAGUUCUCAGAGUUACAGAAGAUAUGUCCAUUGUUUCUGAAUUGGAAAGUAAAAUAGAACUUAUGGAUGUGAUCUCACAAACAGACGAAAGUUUUACACCCUCAACAGUUGAUAAGUCAACCGCAACAAGUCCAAGCAAAAUAUCAGGUGAUUUGAAGCGCAACCUCCAAGAAAUUUAUGAUGUUGAUUCUGGAUAUGAUUUAAGUUCAACUAAGGCUAAAAGAAAAGUCAACCGCAGAGGAAACUCCACUCUUGAUUCCAAAAAUUGA